AUGUUAUUCUCAGCAUUUCUCCCGGCUGUCGUGGCAGCAAGCUUCAUGGCUUCUGUAACAUCACAAGAGAAGUCCCUCAUAACUCAAGCCUCGCUAGUUCGUUUAGAACCAACUACUACCGAGACCCCACUGACGAUUCUGGGAACUGUGAGCGGGAUAGUUUCCAUUCCUAUUUCUAUGUCUACAGUCGAACUGUUCUAUAAUGCUUAUUUCACUGAUACAUCUGGAAAGGUGGUUGGCGGAAGAUUGGAUUUACUUCAGCCUAACGUGUGGCUCCUUAACGGUGAAAUUAAUGCGGACUGCCAAUCUGUCGGCUCUUUCCUCAGCUCAUUGUCGAGAGUUCUGGCGACAGAGGUGCCCUCUUAUCUUACAUACAAUAAUUCGACGUAUGGCUUGGAUAACUGCUUCAGCAAUGGCGCUAUCUACCCAAACACAGUGAUAACUACAACUAUGGGCUCCAUGAAUGCUACAAUUACGACCCUGUUGUAUUCGGUCGUGCAAACACUGACGUUAUCGUAUGGAAUGGUCAAUUAUGCGACUGGACCUUACGUGAAGGGUAACCUUACAAUACAGGCUUCUAACGGAACAGACAUCGAACUAAAUGAUUUCGAAUUUCUUAUAGCGAACAAUGCCACAAGAGUCACCGGUGCUCUUGGGCUUGCAAACAGUCUUCGGGGUGAAGGUCUUCUCGACUAUUUGAUAGCGAAGGGCCAGGUUGGAGGAAACGGGUAUUCUAUUUUCUUUGGCCCUCAUCAGAAUGAAACCGACGGCACUGGAAUUGUUCUCCUAGGCGGAGUGUCAGAAGCGUUCAUGUCGGGGCCACUAUAUUCAUUUCCUAGGGUGCCCCAUACUUUAUCCAACUCGCUGUUGUUUCCAAUUGUCGUCCUAGAGCUGGUCUGGAUGAUAAAUUUGGCCAAUGAUGAGCUGAUUAGUUUAUACUCGGAUGAUCCUUUUGGAGUUCUCUUUGAGAGUAGACUGCGCUACUCAUUCUUCCCAAUCAAUUUGAUUCUCAAUCUAGCAGUCCAAAUGAAUGCCGUCUAUAGCAAUCAAUUCAAACGUUGGAUUGUUAGAUGUCAAGAUAUAUGGAACACAGACGCUGAGCUCAGGUUUAAGAUUGGACCAUUGACUAUAGCGGUUCCCCUUCAAUCUAUGUUAAUGAAGACGGAGCUUUUCAAGUACACUGAUGGUGGCGAAGCAUGCUAUGUUACAGUCUUGCCCACGUCAUUCCAAGGGUAUUCUGCUCUCGGCCUCAAUGUGAUGUCACAUGUCUAUAUGGCAAUGGACAAUGAGAAAGGAAAUAUCGCAUUGGCCAACCCAAAUCCUAAUGUCUACUUUGUAGAUUCGCAACCUGUUCUCAAUUCAUCGUAUCUGGAUUCUAACAGCACAGGAAUGGCUAGAAUCGUCAAUGGAAAUAUACCUUUUGCCGUACUGGUAACACUGCAGCCACAAGUGGUGUUUACUUUUUCGACGGCAAACGCAUCCCUGGAAGCCAAUAUUCCGGCACGAUUCUCUGGAUCAUUUCUCAUGUCGGAUUCGCUAUUAAUUUCAGACAACAUCCAAUCAACUAUGUCCUAUAGCGCUGUGUCAUCUGUGCGGACCAAGACCAUGAGUGGACUGGGACUUUCUUUCACCGUUCCGAAUCAAACAGCUCUACUAUGCUACGUUCUACUUGCUACAAUCGGGUUUCUAGGUAUUGCAGCAUUAUAG